CCGCGGCGCGGGGCGGGCAGGAGCGCAGCCCGGCUCGUCGCCGCGGCCAGCGAGCAUGUGCGGAGCGGUAGCGCCGGGCAUGCUCAGUCGGGAACCGGGAGCCACAGCUGCUCGGGGAGCGGGGGGUGCGGUCUCGGGGGCUCGCUGUGCAGCUCAAUGGCAUCCCCAAAGAAGUUGCAGGGUCUCGUAGCAGCUACCAUCACUCCAAUGACUUCAGAUGGAAAAAUUAACUGCUCUGUGAUUGAGCAAUAUGUGGAUUAUCUUGUAAUAAAUCAAGGCGUGAAGAACGUUUUUGUGAACGGCACAACGGGAGAAGGGCUGUCACUGAGCACGGAGGAGAGGAAGCAGCUAGCCGAGGCGUGGGUGACCAAAGGGAAAGACAAGUUGGAUCAUGUGAUCAUUCAUGUGGGAGCAUUAAGUCUACCUGAGACAAAGGAACUGGCCCGCCAUGCAGCUGACAUCGGGGCCAGUGGGAUUGCUGGGAUCGCCCCCUCUUUUUUGAAACCUACAAACAAAGACGCACUGGUUGCCUUCUUACAGGAAGUUGCAUCUGAAGCCCCUGACACUCCAUUUUAUUACUAUCAUAUUCCCCCUUUAACAGGUGUGAAGAUUCGUGUUGAGGAGCUGCUGGAUGGGAUAACAGAACAGAUCCCCACCUUCCAGGGAGUGAAGUUCAGUGACACAGACCUCUUGGACUUUGCACAGUGUGUGAACAAGUACCAAGAGAAGUUUGUGCUGCUUUAUGGGGUGGAUGAGCAACUGCUGAGUGCACUGGUUGUGGGAGCAUCUGGGGCAGUUGGAAGCACAUACAACUACCUGGGCAAACAAUACAACGUGAUGUUGGAGGCUUUUGCAAAGCAAGACCUUGAGUUAGCACAACAGUGUCAGUUCUGUGCUGGAGAAUUUCUCAGCUUUGUCAUCCAACUAGGUUUUGGUGUUGCACAGAUUAAAGAAGUUAUGACAUUUGCCUCAGGGAUUGUAAUGGGUCCCCCUCGGCUUCCACUCCUAAGAGCCUCUCAGGAUUUUAUUGAGAAAGCAAAUGCCAAACUGAAGAGUGUGAUCGAUCACUUUCCCAAACUCCCGUAGAUCAAGGAGCCUCUGCUUUUGAGAUUCAUUAGCAUUUGAAGUGUUCUCCUUUUGGGGGACAUAUUGACUCAAUGAGACUUCAUCAUAGAAUGUGUAAUAAGUGGCUCCUAUCUAAGACGGCCUUGCUAGCCUAUAUCUUGCUUUCUUUUUUUUAGCCUUACCCAAAGGUCACUUUACUAUACAGAGGAAUUCUGUUUAUCUGAGUGGCCUGAGCUACUCUGGAAAGGGAAGUGGUAAAAGGACUCUGUCUCUGACUCAGAAUUUUCUUCUACAACAGUCUCAACCCUUCCGCCCCCCCCUCCACCACACACAUACUUUUUUUUAUAACGCUGGGAUGUGAGUAACAUAAUGUUGCUUGUACUCUGAUGUGACAUCUUCCUUCUGCUCAACCUAGUAUUUUAGUGCAGCUUUUAUGUCAAACUCCAUUUUUACCAGUGAGUAAAAAGAAGCAGGUGGCUCAUCUAAAGAGAUUUUGUGCCCAGGAUUCCCAGAAGACAUUUCUUCCAUGUGCUUCUUUUUCUUUAUCUCUCUCCUCCAUUUUCUUGCUCUCCCUGUAAUUCCUCAAACAAAAACUUUUAAGUUAUUUGUUUGUGACAGACAGCACUUGCUCUCUCUUGUUCCCAUUCCCAGCAUGUGCCGGCAAAUGCAGCACCAGAGUUGGAGCAAGAAACGAACCAGAGGUUCUACAAGGCAAUGCAAAGCACCACCACUUUUUACAGGUGUCACUUAUUGCUGAUAGUAAGGGGUCCUCUUACACAUAUAGGAUCUAAUUUUCCACUACCUCUUACCCUGUAUAAUUGUUUAUACCUUGGCCAAAUACUACCAUUUAGGUGCCUGGAGAAUUUUGAUUUGAUAGCAGUUUACACUCACUUUGCCCUGGUAAGAAUGACUGCAUAGUGUACAAACCAGGGAGAAUCAGGUUUGAGAAUCUGGCGAUCUGUUGCUAUUUCAGUAUCCAAGGUUUCUCAGUAAUCUGGACAGUAACAUUCCAUUAACUUCUUCCGUUUGGCAAUAAUAAUUUAACUUCCUAUCUGCAGAAGCAGAACACAAACUGUAGAAGCCCUGACUGAGUUAGGCAGUUGACAAGAUUAUUCUCUUGAAUCUAUAAAGGGAUGUAGAUAAGCUUCUCUGGUGGCUUCAAACAGGGAAACAGAUGGCUUCUGAAAUAACCAAGAGCACUACAUAUCUGCAGUUGUUCCUUGCAUAACCACUAUUGAAUGAAGUAAGCAUGCAGAAGCCACCAUGACAAAAAUCAUAGGAAAGUUUAAGACUGUGCAGUUCCAGAUUCUGAUAUUUUAGGAGAAUUCUACUGUGUUUUCCUUAAAGUUGUUACUGUGAUGCUUUUUAGAUUCUCUUUAAUCCAGAUGAGAUCCUCUAUGCUUUGUGCAGUGCUGCAUACAUAACAAUACACUGUUACUUGCUUUCUGCAUAUUUUAAUAUAUAGAUAGAUGAAUUAUCUAAACAUGAGAUCUUCAACUGAAUAACUUUUCUGACAGAUUCAAAUUAUUCCAGUCUUUUGGUGUGGUAGUUUUUAAAUGUGUCUUGAUCUGUUUAUACAAAUCUCCAGCUAUUAAACUGUUUGCCUCUGAAUAUUUGUUUAACAUUUCAAUAAAAUUUCUGUAUAUUUUCUUACACAGAUCAUAAAAACAUUCUUGAAAACGUUUG